AGAUUAUUAAAGCUGAACUUCCAAAGUUUUCUGACUCAACUGUAGAAAUAUUUUAUAGUUUUCUACGAAGAAGCACACAAAAACACACAGAAGCUCAACAAAUUAUUAAAUAUGGUCAUUAUAUUAACCAAUUACGGUUAGAUGAUAAUGGGUUUAGAGAAAAUUUUGCAAAUACAUCGACAUGGGCAACAUAUGAAUAUUCUGCACGAGAUAUAUCGACCUUAACAAAGAUAAGCUAUAAAUUCAUCGUCGAAGAGAAAAGGCAAAGCAAAGCUAAUAUUACUGUUUCAUUAGUUUCAAUGAAAAUGUCAGAUGCAGGCUUGAGUCAUCUUCCUUUGAGUUUUAAUACCGCACAUAAACCAGAUCCAUUUCAUUAUUGCGACUCAUCUAAUUGUUCUAUUCUUUUACCUACAGAUAUCAAAAUUCUAGCUUGCGGUUAUACAUAUCAUAAAUAUUGUUAUGGCAAUAAUGGGUUUAAAUGUCUACAUU